AAGACUCACCCACACUGCUACACAGCUUUCCCCAAACAAAUCAUCACCACACCUUGAAUCGUGGAUCGACAGAGCAGAGGACGGGUGUUAGCGACGUCACCAAGUCGACGAUUCAUUAAGCAGAUAAGGGUAGAGACUGAAUUUUGCCCAUCUAACCGGAUAGCUACAGCUGCACACACACACACACACACACACACACACACACACACACGACGGACUGUCGACCAAAACGAUCGUCGACGCCGACAAGUUCCUCGCGAUAUAGACCUCUGGUCGGUGUGAGCUUCGAGCUCACGAACAAUAACCGCACCAGCCGCGGUCAUGUUUGCGGCCACGCGCCGCUGGUUCCAGCGCAACCGGACACCCCUCGCCAUCGGUGCCGGUAUCAUCGGUGCCGGUUACGUUGCUACCCAAUAUGUUCUCACCCGCCUCAACGAUGCCCGCGAGCGCAUGAGCAGUGACCGCAUCGCGAAGGAGAACCUACGCCGGCGUUUCCAGCAGAACCAGGAGGACUGCACCUUCACCGUCCUCGCCCUCCUCCCCUCCACCACCGCCGCCAUCCUCGAGGCCCUCAACACCGAGGCCAUCACGUACGAAAUCCAGUCUAUGAAAGCACAUAGCAGCGCCAACAAAGGUCCUGCCACUGGCACGGGGAGCCCAAGUGCGCCGAGCAUUGCUGAUACAAACCUCACUGAAGACGACGGCGCGAGGAACAGUCUGGCUGCCAGCACUGUGCUGAGCGAGAGCGGUGUUCAUGCCAGUCAGGUCUCUCUGCCUCCUGUGAAGCAGGAGGAGGGGUCGCAAGAUGGAAGGGCGACGGACGUACAGAAGCCGCAGCAGCAGGAGCAGCAGCAGGAGCAGCAACAACAAAAACAACAACAACAACAACAACAACAACAACAACAACAACAACUCCCACAAAAGCCUAGAAAGACCAAGAGGCAAUUAUGGCAUGACUUGAUUAUCAGCUCCGUCACCCGCUCCUUCACUCUGAUCUAUACCCUUGCGCUCCUUACCAUGCUCACCCGCAUUCAACUCAACCUUCUCGGCCGCCGCAGCUACCUCUCCAGCGUUAUCUCCCUCGCCGCUGGUGGCGCCGGCGCUCCAUCCGGUCCCAUCAGCCUUGAGAACAACGACGAUGACAACCCCGUCCACGCUUACGGCAACGACUUCGAGACGAACCGCAAGUACCUCGCCUUCAGCUGGUGGCUUCUCAACCGCGGCUGGAGCGACCUGCGCGACAAGGUCGAGGGGGCCGUCCGUGCCGUCUUCGGCGAGCUCAGCCCCCGCGACUUGUUGACCUUCCAACGCUUCGCCGAGCUGACCCUCGAAGUGCGUCGCCGCGUCGAGGGUGCCACUCCGGACGCCCGCCGCCGCAACCCCGCCUGGCUCGGCUACCUGCUCCCCUCUCCCGCCGACGAAGACGAGGUCAUCCGCGCCUCCGGCAUCCUAGAGGAAGCUGUCGAAGGGAGCACCGUCGACUUGGGUUCGGGCUCGGCCUCAGCCUCAGCACAGUCUCCGCCGCAACCGCAGCAGGGGUCCCCCGUGUCACUAAGACGGCUGCUGGACGAAACCGCGGAUCUCGUCGAGUCGCCCGCUUUUGCUCACGUUCUGACCCUCCUCCUCGACACGGCAUUCUCCGAGCUCGUCGACAACAGAGUGGCUACCCUGGCUUUCGAAAUCCCACCACAAGGGGAUACCGACGCGGCGCCACGGCCAUCGGACCAUCUUCGCUCCACGGACGACAUCCUCGUCGGGGGUGCGCCGCUGGGCACCAUCCUGCCGCCCGAAGAGACCGAAGAGGCCGAAGAGGCCGAAGAGGCGUCGCACCUGCGGACAACCAAGGCCGUGCAGCUACCCCGGAUCCUCUCCGUCCUGACGCGCCAGGCCCACCUCAUCGGCAACGGCAUGCCCAAUGAGUACCUGAGCGAGAUGGAGCGGGUGCCUGACCUCGAGAGCUUCGCCGCUGUGGUGUACUCGAGCAACUGGGAGAACGAGGUGAUGAACGAGGAGGGAGCGCUCGCGGGGAGCGGGAGCCGCGCGGACGUGAGGGCCGGCGAGGCGGUUGUGAGCUUGAGGGCCGCUGGCGAGGUGCAGGCAUCCGGGGGAGUGGCGGGUGGUUUGGGGGAAGAGAGUAUCGUCGUUGUGGAUAGUCAAAAUUUCGAGAGUGCGUGGGGGAGGGCAUUGGAGACGAAAUAGAAGGGGAUAAACGCCACUUUAUGGACGGCGAGCGAAGUUGACCGAUUUACCUAGGGGGGACUACAUAAAAAAACAUACACGCAUAUAUAUAUAUAUAUACCUUACAUAUAUGAACUCGAGGGGCGGUUAGGCUGGAACUUGGCGCUUUUCAGCGUCCUUUGUACUACUACUAGGAAGGCUGAUGCACUGACGAUACGCCCUUAUGACGAGGUGGGAAACGCUUGCUUCUCUUCUUUCAUUUAUUCCUUAUCAAUUAAGCGCCUCAUGGCCGCCAUGUUGGCGGACGAUUAUC